AUGAGUGGCGUAAGGCGAAGUGCUAGACCAAAAAGCAAAACCAAGUAUUACUUUGAUUUCCUGGAACAGAGACAGGAGAAACAUAUUGCCAAUGAAGCUGAACCUACCAAUGACAACUCCUCCAUAGAAUUACCAAGUAGUCCUGUUCGUCCUGAACGCCAUGACGAGGAUAAGCUUAGUGAGAACACCAGUGCUUUAAAAGGUGUAGAAGAUAACCUUCUGCAGAAUAAUGAUACUGCCAGGCAGAAUGGUAGUGGUGAUAUUACUGCUCAUAAUAUUAUUGAUCAUAAUGUUACUGAUCACACUGCUAAUACAACUAAUAUGAGAAAACCUUCCACUAAGGUCACUACUAAUCGGAUCCAAAAAAUGGUGCGGUCAGCUGUUCCAACCCAGAAGGUGGAUGUCAACCGUAGGACUGUCAUGUUUUCCAGUGACUGCUCGGAAAUAGAUACUACAAUAAGUAGUCCUGUUAGAACAGCAGAUAAACUUCACAGCAAAGUCCAAGGCAAAAGUACCUUAAAUUUGAAUAUGAAACUGAACAUGAUUGUGGGUUCUUCUUCAUCUCCCAUAAAGAAUACAAAUUUACUACUGAUACUGAGUGAUGGUCCUUCGAGAAUUCCAAGUGAUUUCCCAAUUGAUCCAAAUGAUCACCAUAUUCCGUUUAUUCCAUUAGAUACUUUCCAAAGCGCUUAUUAUGAAGGUUCAACAGACAAGAUAAAUCCACUCACAAAGAAUGAGUUGCUAAUUCAUUCAUACAUUCUUCUCUCGGAUCACUUCUUACAAAGAUCUCGUGAAUCCUUGUCUCAGAACGGCAUUGAUGAAUAUUAUAGGUUAGUACAAUUGGCAAUAGUAUGCCUUAGAUUGCUUCUUGAAAAGUAUCAUCAUGUAUUAACUCCCUAUUGGGAACUGUUAUUGAAUUAUAAAUUAGCCAAAAUAUACGUCACCGAGACAAAUAACCGAGAAUUGGCUGAAGAAUGCAUUCAUAAGUCAAUAGCCACUGCAUCCCGAAAUAAGCUUUUAUUACUACAAUUUGUAGGGGAGUUUUAUCUUACAGAUAUCUUAAAUCCUAAACAUCCAAAGGUUUUAAACAAUUAUAUUAACGAUAAGAUUUCUUUUUAUACCCAACUAAAGUUUGAUUGCUUUUCAAACCUUUUUAAACUUAAAAAAGUGCAAAAUAUGUUACUUGAAAACCCUAAAACAGGUAUUGCAAUAUUACAAACUAUAGUUAAAGAUGAAGCUUUGGAUUCAAGUACCAAGUGUCUUUGUAUGCUUUAUCUCGUUAGCCUAAAUCUAUUCAGAGGCUCUACUAAAAUUGCAUUUUCGAAUUUAACUGAAAUCGAUCAACUACUACUACUUGAUAACUUACCUCCUCAAUUAAUUGCUAUGAGAGAUCUUUUAAAGUUACAUUGUUUGAUCCAAUUGAACAAUACUAAAGAUUUACUACCUCAUGCUAGCACGAUGAUGACCAGUGUGAAUCAACCACUGAUGUUUAAUGGAUGGAACCACGACGGUACUUUCUCAAUUCUGUUGCCUGUUGAUAUCGAUGGUCAACUUCUGGUAGGUGGUGAGUUCUCAUACAAUGUCCAAUGGCUUUCACCUAUGGAAUACAUUCUUUUGACUUAUUAUCUUUGCGGAGUUAUGCUGUUAUCAUUCAGACAACCAACUCCGUUCUUCAAAAAUGCAUUAGACUUGGUUGAUAAAAUUAAACUGCAAUUACUUGAUUCUGAUGUGGGUAUAUCUUUGGUCCAUUCGAGUCGUUUGCUAAUUCGGUACAAUUAUAUUAUGUAUAACAUCAAUUAUUACCAAGUUUGGGAAAGAUUCUUGAACAAUGAUUUCGCUCAUAUUGAUGAGUUAAACUCCUUUAUGCUCAAAUAUAACAAUGGGAAGUUUUCAGAGGAAGAAUUACACAUUUACAAGGUAUUGAUCCCCAAGAUCUUUUAUUUAUUCGGAGUAUAUUAUCAUCUGCAUGGAGAUUUUGGGGCUUCCAAGUAUUACUUUUUGAAAGCUCGUAAUGGUUCGUCAUCAUUUAAUAGUGAAGAAACCGUGAACGAUAAUUACAAAUCUAUUUCUCUAUUAGAAUUGAGUUUGGGAAUAGGAUGUACCAACAUUCAGCCUUUAGGAGAAAUGAAUGAAGUUUUCAUAUACUCUACAAUCCAUCUAAUGGUUCUCAAUCAAUAUGAGUUGAAUCGCUAUACAAAAACGGGCUCCUUUGAUAAAAUUAAUAAGUGCUAUAAGAUUUUUACAAUGUUGAACAAGGAUUUGAACAUUGGAGUUGCUAAAAAGGAGGAAGAACCCAAUGGUGUUGUUGAAACUAUGAUUUUAAACGGCAACCCCUUAUUGCAAAUGACGCACCAAGUUCUUCUGAUAGUACUUCAACGGGAAACUGUACCAGAUCCGUCGUUACUGAAGGCAUUAAUGAAAUUCCAUCGAACAAAUUAUACAUAUUUGGAUAUUCUUGUGCUCUAUUUGCAAUUGCGAUUCAGUACAAGUGUCAAUCAGAAGCAAGCAUAUCUACUUAAAUGCAAAGAAGUAUUAAACCUGAAAGAUCUUCUUCCUACAGAGGGAAGCCAAUUAGUAUUGAUCUUCAUACUAAAAGAGCUUAUCAUUGAUUGUGAAAGCACGGGGAACAAGAAAGGACUUGAGGAAUACCAAAAUUAUCUUAGUGAUUUGGAAAAGACUUUCAAUUCAAGGCGUGAGAUUAUAGAAAGCUUCUUUGAUGGAAACGACUAA